GUCGUUAAUAUAAUCUUGACUCUUAGCUUGAGGGAUCAUCUUCGUCAUAUAUACAUGGAAGUUAUAAUAAACAGGGGAUCAUCAACAACAACAGCAGCUAGUAUUGAAGAUGAGAAUGGGGUGGAGAGUGUAAUAGCGGGAAACUAUGUACAGAUGAUGACCAACAAGAGUAACACCACCGGGGAAGAGGAAGAGGAGGAGGAGGAGCACGGCGGUGAGCUGGGUGCGAAGAUAUCAAAACUAGUAUGGCAAGGCGGGUCGGCAUACGAUGCUUGGUUCAGCUGCGCUUCGAAUCAGGUGGCUCAAGUGCUGCUCACCUUGCCCUACUCCUUUUCCCAGCUGGGGAUGACGUCAGGCAUCGCCUUUCAGCUCUUCUACGCCCUAUUGGGGACAUGGACCGCCUACCUCAUUACUGCACUCUAUGUCGAGUUUCGCUCUAGGAAAGAACGCCAAAAACUUCAUUUUCGUCAUCAUGUCAUUCAGUGGUUUGAAGUAUUGGAUGGGCUGCUGGGAAAGCAUUGGAGAAACGUGGGGUUGGCCUUUAACUGCACUUUUCUUCUCUUUGGAUCUGUUAUUCAGCUCAUCGCCUGUGCUAGCAACAUAUAUUACAUAAACGACAAGGUAGAGAAGAGGAGUUGGACGUACAUAUUUGGAGCAUGCUGUGCCACCACAGUGUUCAUCCCUUCCUUCCGCAACUAUCGCAUUUGGUCUUUUCUUGGCCUCUUGAUGACCACUUACACUGCUUGGUACCUCACCAUCGCUUCCCUCCUACAUGGCCCCGUGGAAGGAGUGAAGCACUCAGGGCCAACCAAAGUGGUUCUAUACUUCACAGGAGCAACCAACAUUCUUUACACCUUUGGAGGACAUGCCGUCACCGUGGAGAUAAUGGACGCAAUGUGGAAGCCGCAGAAGUUCAAAGCAAUCUACGGGUGGGCGACGUUGUACGUCUUGACACUGACACUGCCAUCUGCAGCCGCAGUCUAUUGGGCAUUCGGAGACUUGCUUCUGGACCACUCCAACGCCUUCUCCCUCCUCCCCAGAACCCCCUUCCGUGACAUCGCCGUCGUCCUCAUGCUCAUCCACCAGUUCAUCACCUUCGGAUUCGCGUCAACCCCUCUCUACAUCGUUUGGGAGAAGGCUGUCGGCAUCCACGACUCCCAUUGCAGCCUCUGGAAGAGGGCGCUCUCUAGAUUGCCGGUGGUCGUCCCCAUCUGGUUUCUUGCCCUCGUCUUCCCUUUCUUUGGCCCCAUCAACUCAACCAUCGGGUCCCUUCUUGUUAGCUUCACCGUCUACAUCAUCCCCUCUCUGGCCCACAUGUUCACCUUCAGAUCACCUUUGGCCCGCGAGAAUGCGGUGGAGCAACCGCCAAAGUGGUUGAUGAGAUGGGCGGGGGCAUAUACGAUAAACAUCUUCGUAGUGGCAUGGGUGGCGAUUGUAGGGUUCGGGUUCGGCGGGUGGGCAAGCGUGCUCAACUUCAUACACCAGAUUGACACCUUUGGACUCUUCACCAAAUGCUACCAAUGCCCUCUCCCGCCGCCUCACCAGCUUCUCAACGCCACUACUUCUCUGCCGCCAACCGCCUAGGCCGCCUGGCUUCACUAAUCUGAAGAAGCUAUAAACGAGAGAGUUUCAUUUUGUAAGGUUUUUGGGCAAGUACUUUAUCACUGUAGUAGCAACCGCAUUAACUUUUCAUAUUGUGAAGGUAAUGAAAUUAGUUUCAUACU